CCCCCGCACGGGCUGCUUUCUGGCCAGUCGCGCGUGGGCUGAGGCCCUGGGCGGGCGUUGCGAAGGGUUGUUUGCUUGAGCUUGGACCCCGCGACUGUCUGGCGUUCCCUCUCCUUGCGGGGUGGGGGGAGCCCCUACCUAGGGUGAAUGGGCGGCCGCUUGGGCUGGUAAGGACAGGCCGGGGAGCACGGGGUCCGCGGCCAUGAACUCACCCGUAGACCCCGGCGCUAGGCAGGCGCUGAAGAAGAAACCGCCGGAGCGGACCCCCGAGGAUUUAAAUACUAUUUAUUCUUAUCUUCAUGGAAUGGAAAUACUAUCAAAUCUUAGGGAACAUCAGCUUAGAUUAAUGUCUGCAAGAGCACGCUAUGAGAGAUACAGUGGUAAUCAGAUUCUUUUUUGUUCAGAAACAAUUGCCAGAUGUUGGUAUAUCCUGCUUUCUGGAUCUGUGCUUGUGAAAGACUCCAUGGUCUUGCCUCCAUGCAGUUUUGGUAAGCAGUUUGGAGGAAAAAGAGGAUGUGAUUGUCUUGUAUUAGAGCCUUCAGAAAUGAUUGUGGUAGAGAAUUCUAAAGACAAUGAAGAUAGUUUUCUACAAAGAGAAAUUCCUGCCCGACAGUCUCGAAGAAGGUUUCGGAAAAUUAACUACAAAGGAGAGCGCCAAACCAUUACUGACAAUGUGGACAUUAAUAGUUAUCUUUCUCUUCCGGCUGAUCUUACCAAGAUGCAUCUCACAGAUAGCCCUCACCCACAGGUGACUCAUGUGUCUUCUAGUCAGUCUGGCUGUAGCAUUGCCAGUGACUCUGGAAGCAGCAGUUUAUCUGAUAUCUAUCAGGCUACAGAGAGUGAGGUAGGAGAUGUAGAUUUAACACGUCUUCCAGAAGGACCUGUUGAUUCUGAGGAUGAAGAAGAAGAUGACGAAGAGAUUGAUCGCACAGAUCCAUUGCAUGGACGAGAUCUUGUUCGUGAGUGUCUUGAAAAAGAACCUGCAGACAAAACUGAUGAUGACAUUGAACAGUUAUUGGAGUUUAUGCACCAGUUGCCUGCUUUUGCAAACAUGACCAUGUCUGUAAGGAGAGAACUUUGUUCAGUGAUGAUUUUUGAAGUGGUAGAGCAGGCUGGCGCUAUUAUUCUUGAAGAUGGCCAAGAGCUUGACUCGUGGUAUGUUAUUUUAAAUGGCACUGUGGAAAUUAGUCAUCCAGAUGGGAAAGUUGAAAAUCUCUUUAUGGGAAAUAGUUUUGGAAUUACUCCCUCUCUGGAUAAACAGUACAUGCAUGGAGUUGUCAGGACGAAAGUAGAUGAUUGUCAGUUUGUCUGCAUAGCCCAGCAGGAUUAUUGGAGAAUUUUAAAUCAUGUGGAAAAAAAUACCCAUAAAGUCGAGGAAGAGGGAGAAAUUGUUAUGGUGCAUGAGCACCGUGAACUUGAUAGGAGUGGAACCAGGAAAGGACACAUUGUAAUCAAGGCAACUCCUGAGCGUCUCAUCAUGCACUUAAUAGAAGAACAUUCAAUUGUGGAUCCAACUUACAUAGAAGAUUUCUUACUAACAUAUAGGACAUUUCUUGAAAGUCCUUUGGAUGUUGGUAUUAAACUACUGGAAUGGUUUAAGAUUGACAGCUUAAGAGAUAAGGUUACACGGAUUGUAUUAUUGUGGGUAAAUAAUCAUUUUAAUGAUUUUGAAGGUGAUCCUGCCAUGACUCGUUUUCUAGAGGAAUUUGAAAAACAUCUAGAAGAUACGAAAAUGAAUGGUCAUCUGCGGUUAUUGAAUAUUGCUUGUGCUGCAAAGGCUAAGUGGAGACAGGUUGUACUGCAGAAAGCUUCCCGGGAGUCCCCUCUGCAUUUCAGCCUUAAUGGAGGAAGUGAGAAGGGAUUUGGCAUUUUUGUUGAAGGGGUAGAACCAGGUAGCAAAGCUGCUGAUGCAGGGUUGAAACGUGGCGAUCAAAUAAUGGAAGUAAAUGGACAAAACUUUGAGAAUAUUACAAUCGUGAAGGCCCUUGAAAUUUUGAGGAACAAUACACAUCUUGCACUUACUGUAAAGACCAACAUUUUUGUGUUCAAGGAGUUACUUAGUAGGACUGAGCAAGAGAAAUCGGGUAUUCCUCAUAUUCCCAAAAUUGCUGAAAAAAAAAGUAAUCGCCAUUCAAUCCAGGAUGUACCAGGAGAUAUUGAACAGACAUCACAAGAGAAAGGAAGUAAGAAAGUUAAAGCAAAUACUGUUUCAGGUGGAAGAAACAAAAUCAGGAAAAUUUUGGAUAAAACACGAUUUAGUAUCUUGCCUCCAAAACUGUUCAGUGAUGGAGGCCUGAGCCAGUCACAGGAUGACAGCAUUGUGGGAACGAGGCACUGUAGGCACAGUCUGGCUAUCAUGCCUAUUCCUGGGACACUCUCAUCCAGCAGCCCUGACCUCCUGCAGCCUACCACUAGCAUGCUGGAUUUUUCCAAUCCUUCAGAUAUUCCUGAUCAAGUUAUAAGAGUUUUCAAAGCAGAUCAGCAGAGUUGCUACAUUAUCAUCAGUAAAGACACUACAGCUAAAGAAGUGGUUUGUCAUGCUGUCCAUGAAUUUGGUUUGGCUGGUGCAUCCGACACAUACUCUCUGUGUGAAGUUUCUGUUACCCCUGAGGGCGUGAUAAAGCAGAGAAGACUGCCUGACCAGUUCUCCAAGUUAGCGGAUAGAAUUCAACUCAAUGGAAGGUAUUAUUUAAAAAAUAACAUGGAAACAGAAACCUUGUGUUCAGAUGAAGAUGCUCAAGAACUAGUUAAGGAAAGCCAGCUAUCUAUGCUGCAGCUCAGUACCGUUGAAGUGGCAACCCAGCUGUCAAUGAGGGACUUUGAUUUGUUCCGUAACAUUGAGCCUACUGAAUACAUUGAUGAUCUUUUUAAGUUAGAUUCCAAAAUAGGAAAUACUCACUUGAAAGCAUUUGAAGACAUUGUAAACCAAGAGACUUUCUGGGUUGCCUCAGAGAUUUUAACUGAAUCAAAUCAGCUCAAGCGAAUGAAGAUUAUUAAGCAUUUUAUUAAAAUUGCACUUCAUUGUCGAGAAUGUAAGAACUUCAAUUCCAUGUUUGCAAUAAUAAGUGGCUUGAACUUGGCACCUGUAGCACGACUCAGAGGUACUUGGGAAAAGUUACCAAGCAAAUAUGAGAAACAUCUCCAAGAUCUACAAGACCUUUUUGAUCCAUCUAGAAACAUGGCAAAGUAUAGAAAUAUCCUUAGUAGUCAAAGCAUGCAACCUCCAAUAAUUCCACUCUUCCCUGUUGUCAAGAAAGAUAUGACAUUUCUACAUGAAGGAAAUGACUCCAAAGUGGACGGUUUAGUCAACUUUGAAAAAUUAAGAAUGAUCGCCAAGGAAAUCCGUCAAGUUGUUCGAAUGACUUCUGCCAACAUGGACCCGGCUAUGAUGUUCAGACAGAGGAAGAAGAGGUGGCGGAGUCUGGGGUCACUGAGUCAAGGCAGCACAAAUUCAAACAUGCUGGAUAUUCAAGGAGGUAGUCACAAAAAACGAGCACGCCGCAGCUCUCUGCUUAAUGCCAAGAAGCUGUAUGAGGAUGCCCAAAUGGCACGGAAAGUAAAGCAGUAUCUUUCUGGUCUGGAUGUAGAGACAGAUGAGGAGAAGUUCCAGAUGAUGUCCUUGCAGUGGGAGCCUGCAUAUGGUACCUUAACCAAAAAUGUAAGUGAGAAAAGAUGUGCUAAAUCAUCCGAAAUGUCUCCAGUGCCUAUGAGAUCAGCUGGCCAGAUGGCUAAAGUCCACUUGCAUCAGCCCCACAGAGUAAGCCAGGUCCUUCAGGUGCCAGCUGUGAAUUUGCAUCCCAUCAGGAAGAGGGGACAAACUAAAGACUCUGCGUUGAGUACAAGUUUACCUCAGAAAGUUUUAGGAACAACUGAUGACACAAGCAGUAAGAAACCUGCGGAAGACACACUCUCUGUGGCAUCCUCCUUACACGCUAGUCCUCCCGCCUCACCUCAAGGCUCCCCUCGCAAAAGUUACACACUUACUCCAUCAGCUAAAUCUGACAACUUCUCUGACUCCAGCCACAGUGAGAUUUCCUCACGGUCCAGCAUCGUGAGCACUUGUUCUGUGGACUCCAUGUCUGCAGCUCUGCAGGAUGAACGGUGUCCCUCGCAGGCCCUGGCAGUCCCUGAAUCCACCAGAACCCUGGAAAAGACAGAGCACCCCUCAGGAGUAGGAGACCAUAGUCAUCUUGGUCCUGGGGGCACACUCUCGAAGCCAUCUCUAAUCAAGGGUCUAGCUGUGUCAUCUUCCAUGAGCAGUGAGGAGAUUUCUCAUGAACAUAUCAUUAUAGAAGCAGCUGACAGUGGUCGUGGAAGUUGGACUUCCUGUUCCUCCAGUUCACAUGACAAUUUCCAAAGCCUUCCAAACCCAAAAAGCUGGGAUUUUUUGAACUCUUACAGACAUACCCAUUUGGAUGAUCCCAUUGCUGAAGUGGAACCCACUGACUGUGAGUCAUAUUCCUGCCCUAAAGGUUGCUCUAGAACUUGCGGUCAGUGUAAAGGAAGCCUUGAGAGUAAUCGCUCGAGACAGAGUUGGGCCUCCUCCAGUUCUCUGUCUGACACAUUUGAGCCAAACUAUGGGACAGUUAAACGGAGAGUAUUGGAGAGUGGCCCUGCCGAAUCCACUGAAGGCAUGGACUCCAAGGAUGCCACUGACCCAGUUUAUAAAACUGUCACUUCAAGUACAGAGAAGGGCCUGAUUGUGUACUGUGUCACCUCACCCAAGAAGGACAAUAGGUAUAGGGAGCCACCUCCCACUCCUCCAGGAUAUAUGGGAAUUUCUUUAGCCGACCUAAAGGAAGGACCCCACCCGCACCUAAAACCUCCAGAUUAUAGUGUGGCAGUGCAGAGGUCCAAGAUGAUGCAAAACAGCCUCUCUAGACUGCCACCAGCUUCUCCCGGUAGCAACCCUGUGGCCUGUGUCUCAUCAGCGACUCUAACUCAGCCUCAGAGGCAGAAUCCACAGCCGCCACAUCCCGAGCCAGCAGAUGGGAGCGAUGCAGACAGCGAGGCAGACGGUAUGUCGGCACACCGCCCUAGUGGCUCCUAAAUGAACUGCUGAAGACACCAGAUGCUCUUCACUCUGAAAACGAACAAGUUUCAGCAGUGUAGCCUUUGGAUGCCCCUUUUGAAGACCACUGAAAGACACAGCGGAGCUGGCGGAACCACCUCAUCCCACAGGCCAUUGCCAACCAAUAGCUUGCUGCUACAGCUAACCCAGAGGUUUCGUCCCUUGUUCUGAACAGUGAGAUAGACGCGAGUCAUGCUUUCCUUCCUGUAACUCCUGCAGACCGUUUCCUCAGCUGUAGAUGCUGUGCCUGGAGACGCUGCACGCCAGAACUGCCUUGGGACCACAGUUACAGAACAAAUUCAAACUCAGAGUCAUCCCCGUGUCUGUCACUAUAGAUUUCCCUUUAACAAGUAAUUUUUUUUUAAAUAGUGGUAUUAUUUUUUCCAAGCCAUAGCUUGGGCUAACGAACAAAUUCAGAAUGUCUGCCAAUACCAAGGAUAUUCUUAGGUAUUUGAAGAGUAACUUAUUAUUUAAGCUGUUGUGUUUGUGUUUGCGUUUGGGAGCUCUUGCUAGUUGAUGUUUAGGGUUGAGGCUGUAAAACUGUCUCUGGUCUGACCAAACAGAGGUCACCUAUAGGGAGAUGGCACGCUUGGCCUUGUGCAGAGAUGUAACUUGCUCUGGAGCACCGUGCAAUGUAGGGGCUCAGUGGAGUGGAAUAGGACGCCCUUUGCCACUGAGGUGUCAGGAACCUGCUGCUCGUGGGAAGGCCAGACACGGCUGCCACAGGAUUUCUGAGCAGUCCUUUGGGAAAAGGGGGAGGCGAUGCAAUGGAGCGCGUCGGAACUGCGCUUUCCAGAAAUCAGAAUGUUGAUGUUUAAAGUUUAAUGACGUGUCUAAAUUCUUCUUGAAAUGAAAAAUCAUGCUGUAUCUAAUGGCAACAAAGUAUAAAGCUGUACACCCAUUCAAUAGAGAACUCUAUGGAAAACCUAUCAUGAAAUUUCUCUCAGAUAAGGAGUUCUUUUCUCUUUUUAAAGGAGAAAAGGUGUUAGAUGUUCAUAGGUGUUAAGGUCACAAAGAUGAAUUUGUGUCAUCUUCUGCAGUGUACGUACCACCCCACCUCGUACCCAGCCUGCAUAAUAAACCUUGCAGCUCUUGGCUCCCGAGAGUCAUGAUUAGGAACCCACCAAGGUAGAAUUGGUUGAAAAUACGUGGGAGAAACAGAAGCUAGAAUUGCAGAAAUGAUUGUCUUGAUUCUCAUUUUAGCCUUGAGAGGACUUACCUUUCCAUUCUCCCUGGGCAUGGCAUUCUUCCUUUCGUUAUUAAAACUUCUGUAACUGUUUACUGGAUAAGGCAGAUUCCUCACAUUUUUAUAUAACAUUUUCUGUGUGUAUUAAGUUUAAAAUUUUUCAUUUGCUUUUCAAGCACAAAGCCAAGUAAGAGUCUCAUAGACUUCAGUGACUGCCAAAAAAAAAAAAAAAAAGAAGAAGAAGAAGAAGAAAAGCCAAAGUCACAGAGGUGCACUCACUACCCAAGCUGAACUUGGAGCUGGAAUGGAUCUGCUUCACAGUGAUUGGUCAGACGUGACUUCCUUUGUAAUAGUUUGCUUUUUUCCCCAAGCUGUAUCUUCCUCUCUCUGUUUUCCUGCCUGUUUCCUUUAUUUUAAAAUAGUGACUCACUUCCAAAUGAUAAAUGUUAAUAGUUUGCCUUCCCAUCAAAAAUGAUUGUCUCUAUUUUAGGAAAACUAGCUGCCUGAAAGGCGGCAAGGUGGGGAGGAACACGGCCCUGAAACGUAAGCCUUAGAAAUUAAGUGUGAUGCAAGGAAGCAGGCCGAUUCCAUAGCUUUCUUGGCCCUUUGAAGUGGGCAGUAGCCUGAAUCAAAAAUCCUGGUUUGAAUAUCACACGGUGGUGAUUUGGCCCAUGAUCAGCAGUCUUCCAUUACGGAUUUUUUUUUUCCUUCACUGCUUUACACAGUAUUGUUUUCAUGUCCACAGCAAAACAAAGUGGAAAAUAUUUUUACUAUAACUACUUUUUUUAAAAAAUCAACUUUGGGUAUCUAUUUUUGCCAUUUUAUAUCCAGUACUCAAGAAAAAUGUGCGUUGUGCACAAUAUCUGUUUAUUUAGCAGGUCUUUCAAACCAAAUGGAAGCCUUACGUGUCUUUAUCCUUACUGAUGUAAAUAAUACCCUGGGCAGAGAGUUUUGGUUUUGGACUUGCACAUUAUAGCUGCCUUUGUUUUAUUUUGCUUUAACUGUGUGAGUGUUUGGAUCAGCUGAUCACAUUGAUCAGGAACUAAAGCCAAAUGCUUUGUGGUUUGGUAUGUUUGAAUCUCUCAAAAACUCGUGAGGUUUUGAUUUUUGUAUUUUAAUUUGGGGUAACUUUUCCCCCUUUUGGUUUUUCAUAGGACUAAAACAAGGGAAGCCUUAACAUGUAUUCUCUCGGAUUCCAAGUCCCCAUUUGUCUUUAGUUGAUAGAUUUGUGGCUUUAAGGAAGAGACGAGUUGCCCUUUCUUCCCAUUUACAACUCUGCAUCUACGAGAGCAACUGAAGCAGUAAACCCUCGUGCAAACUCCUGCCGAUGACUGCGUUACAUACUUUCAUUAGUCUUUUGAGAUCAGUAGAUUUGCAGUUUCUCCAAAUGCUUACUUUCAAAAUAAAAACCCCUUUAUGAAUUUUCCUAAAGGUGGUAAUUCCCAUAGCAUCAUCAUUUGUGUCCCCUCCUGGAGGGUAUCUCCCAGGCUGCAAAUGUCGCAGUACUCUUGAAGAUAUCUAAGAACAAACCUAAGUUUUAUCAAGUUCUUUCCCCUACAAAGGAAAAGGGGAAAGUUGCCUUGUUUGCUUAAAAGAAUGAUUUGUUAUUCUGAUAGAAUUUUAAGUUUCAAAAAAAAUGUGUUAAGGUAUGUGUGUCCACUUAGUAUAGCCUUAAAGGCUAGGAACAGGGGCUGACUCUCCAGAACAGUGUCAAAGUUUUCAAACUUAAACUUGAAUCCUGGUUCACUUCAGCUUUUGUUUUGCUUUCUUAAGGCUUCUUUAUUUUUCAUACACAUGAUGCAGUUGAACUUAAUUGUUUAAAAUUGAAAUGUAAGCUUAUCAGCAAAAGACGAAAAUAGAAUUGCACAGUUGUAAUAAUCAAAUAAUUGUACUGCACAAUUCCAUGAUUGUAAGGUAUCCUGUAACAAGCAAUGUUGUCUCCUAUUUUUUGAUACCUCUUAAACUUAUGUCUUUUAGAAAGACAGUGCCUCUGUAUGCUUUUUGUAUUUUUACUGAGUGUAAAUAUUUGUUAUAUUUUUGGUUAAGAGAAUGUAAAAGUACCAUUUAUUAUUAUCAUAUCUAAUACAUUGGUGGAAUCAAUAAAGAAUCUGCAGUAACUUU